ACUUGUCAAAAUUAAUAUAGGAGAGAGAAAGAGAAAGUAGGCAUGGGCUUAACAAAAGGUGGCGCUCUCUCUCUAAAAUCUUUGAACCAUAUAUCUCAUCUCUGUAAUUGCUUGGAGAGAACUGUUGAUUUCUAUCAAAAUGUAUUGGGUUUCAUCCCUAUCAAGAGGCCAGAGUCCUUCAACUUCAAUGGCGCCUGGCUGUUUAACUAUGGAUUCGGCAUUCACCUGCUGCAACGCGAGGAACACAACUGCCUACCUGAGGAACGAGAGAUCAACCCGAAUGGCAACCACAUUUCUUUUCAGUGUGAGAACCUAGCUGUGGUGGAGCAAAAGCUGAAGGAGAUGGAAAUCAGCUAUAUGCGUCGGAGGGUCAAGGAAUGGGGGAUAUACGUCGACCAGCUCUUCUUCCACGAUCCUGAUGGCUUCCUGAUCAAAAUAUGCAACUUCGAGAAUCUGCCAAUGAUCCCUCUUCCUGUUGGUGAGCAGGCGACGGUUACUUCAUUCAUGCAAGCAGGUCAGCUACCACCUCAAGCUUUAAUGGCAGAAGCAGCAAUCGCAGAAGAGCAUAGCAAUGCCAUUAUUCUAUAUGGUUGUUGAGGAAGUCAGUUAUACAUUGAAUUGUUUUGCUCUGUUUUGUGUAUUUAGCACAUUCCAUUGUAACCAUUCCACAGUGAAAUUAUUCUGUGGGGACGCCGAACGUCGUCCAGAGACCAACCAGAAUGCUCCCCGUCACCCACUGCUCGUUACCGACUCGGUACAGCUGACAUGGAACAUUCUAGUUGACCUCUAAACUGUAAACUGCGUUCUAUGUCUGCACAGAAUAAUCUCUCUUAUUAAUGAAAGAUAAUUUCUCAAA